GUAGGAAGGAAAGCACAACAAGGGAGGGGUUCGGAUGUAAAUGCAUGGAUAUAGGGCCUGAAACCUCAAUUGUAAACGGUAAACCUUAUUUGCUCUCACUAAUUUCUUGUUGCUUGAUCCAUGCAGCUCGAAUCGACAGACUUACCUUAUUUAGCUCAUUGUCCAGCUUUGACUUUAUUUCCUUUAUUAUUAUUGUGUGGGGUUACAUACUUUAAUUGUAGCUUAUGAUAUAUGUACAAGCUCUUCCAGCUCUACCACUGCACGCUGUUUAGUAAUGACAAUGAUAGUGGUAUUAGUAAUGAUAAUAAUAUAGACGAUAAUAACGAUAAUAGCGGUGCCCGGAAAUUAGCCAACUGUAUCUUAAAGGGAAAGAUGUUUAUGUACUAACACCAGCCAGACGAGUCAAAUAGGUAUUCAUCAUGUAUUAGCAUUAGUAACGAUGAUAAUGAAAGAGCUGGUAACAAGGAUAAUAACGAUGACAAUGCCAGCCCGGCGAGGCGCGGCACCCGGCCCACGUGUCAGGGUGAUGAAUGGCCGCCGCAAAUGUAAACAAAUGUAAACAAGUAAGUGGUUCUGGGGUCACAGAGGCCCCCAUGGUGGACCCAGUGCCACCAGGCCGGGCCAGCAGGCGGGCAGGGGCGGGAGGCAGGCCCUGGGGGGUGUGCAGGCCACCGGGAGCCUCGCCGCCGGCAGGAACAAAGGCCGCAGCGGGGAGCAGCGGCCAGCCUCCCGGGGCGUGCAGUCAUGGCCCGCCUCGCCCCGCCUCGCGCCCUGCCCCUGGCCGCCUGACUAGAGGAGGGUGUGGCACCAUGGUGUGUGGUGGCUGGUGUGGCAGCUGGGAUGGGGAGCAGCAUAACCUGCAGGAGAGGGAGGCCUCGCCGCGGGGCACGUCCUCCUGCAAGUCCAGCCAGAACACUCCCUUGACCUCCUGGGAUCAGGAUGUCCCUGCACCGGAGCUGCCCUACCUGGUAGCUGCCCUGCUGGUAGGCUUGUGUGCCAGCAUCUGCUUUGUAAACUCCCUAUUUGGAGACUUUGUUUUUGAUGACUCUGAAGCAAUUGUCAACAACAACGACAUUCGAGGGGACACGCCUCUCGGCAACCUGUUUCACAAUGACUUUUGGGGCACUCGCCUCACCCACCCCUCCAGCCACAAGUCCUACCGUCCCCUCACUGUGCUCUCCUUCAGAAUUAACUACUCCUGGGGAGCCCUGGACCCCUUCAGCUACCAUGCCGUCAACAUUUUGCUGCACUGCCUCGUCAGCAUCAUGAGUUUACGUGUCUUCUAUGUGGUGUUUGGGAACCGGGCGCCACGUGCUGCUGUGCUCUCUGCUAUCCUCUUUGCCACACAUCCUAUUCACACAGAGGCAGUUUCAGGAAUUGUGGGAAGAGCAGACCUGCUGUGUGCCCUGUUUGUGUUUGUAGCUUUUCUAAGCUACGUGAGGGCUGUCAAACAGUCAUCUGAGGAGUUUGUCAUCAGAAAGCAGAUGUGCCAUAGGCUGGGAAAGUGUGGCCAGAGUACUGUAUAUCUGGUACUGACAGCUGCUGCCACUGCCAUUGCCAUGCUGUGUAAGGAGGUUGGCAUUACAGCUUUGGGUGUGUGCAGCGCCUAUGACAUCAUACUCGCACAUGGUGGAGUGAUCGGACGCACACUCAUCCUUGUGGUGAUUGGCCACAGUACUAGAGCCGUGGCCUCAUGGAGGAGCAUCCCAGAGGGUGUAGUGCGCCGGAUGGUAUGGCGGCAUCUGGUGCUGGCAGUGACGGGCAUAGGGCUGCUGGCAGCGCGCUGGGUGGUCAUGGGCUCCACUGUGCCAAGGUUCAUGAAAGUGGACAACCCAGCCUCUUUCCUGGACAGUGUCCUGUUUAGGAGCUUGAAUUAUCAGUACACCUACAGUAUGAAUGCUCUUCUGCUGGUCCUCCCAAUCUGGCUGUGCUUUGACUGGUCAAUGGGCUGUGUGCCAGUCAUUGUAAACUUCAGUGAUCCAAGACUGCUGACUCUUCCUGUUCUCUGGGUUUCAUUUGUAAUGUUGCUGAGGCGAGGAAUGGCACAGGGCAGAGGAAGUCAGACGUCUAGAUUUGUGCUGAUGGGUCUGGCCAUGGGCAUUGUCCCUUUCCUGCCUGCCACAAACCUCUUCUUCCGAGUGGGGUUUGUCAUUGCCGAGCGUGUGCUAUACCUUCCAGUGGCAGGCUUCUGCAUCCUGGUGGUAACUGGCAUGAGGGAAUUGUGCCUGGCAGGCCACCUUGGCAGGAGGGUCAUCCAGGCUGGCUACCUUCUUCUGGUGGUGGUGUUCAUCCUGCGCUGCCAACAAAGGAGUCGUGAAUGGCUCACUGAGAAGCAGUUGUUUAGCUCUGGCCUCAACGUGUGUCCACUCAAUGCCAAGGUUCACUACAACAUAGGAAAGGUGGCAGCUGAUGCUGGGGAUGUGAUGGAGGCAGUGAGGCGGUACAGAGAGGCACUCAGGCUCAACCCAGACUAUGACCAGGCCAUGAACAACCUGGCAAACAUUCUCAAGGACCAAGGUCACUUGGAUGAGGCCCUCCACCUCCUGCAGCAGGCCACAACCCUUCGUCCGGACUUUGCUGCCGCCUGGAUGAACUUAGGCAUCGUUCAGGCAUCACUGGGGGAUCAUUCUUCUGCCGAGAGCAGUUACCUCACUGCCCUCUCCCACAGAUCAGUGUACCCAGACUGUCUGUAUAACCUGGGGAACUUGUACCUGGAGAAGGGGGACCACCAGGCAGCGCUGGCCACCUGGACCAACGCCACCACCAUCAAGCCCUCCCUGGCCGUGGCCUGGACCAACAUGCUCAUCCUCCUUGACUCCCAGGGACAGUACCAGCCAGCCAUUGAUAUAGCUGAUCAGGCACUGAAACACUUACCCAAUGAGCCAGCACUUCACUUCAACCUGGCCAACACACUGGGCAAGCUGAACCGCUACCAGGAGUCUGAGUCUCACUUCCUUAUGGCCACCAACCUUGACCCCACAAAUGCCAACUACUGGGCCAACUUGGGUGUGCUGUACCACCGCUGGCGCAAGUACGAGAGGGCUCAGCAGUCGUACGUGCAUGCCCUACGCCUCAACCCUUCCCUACGCAGUGCCCAGGACAACCUGAGCAUGCUGCUCAAGGCCACUGGCAAGAUAACCAGAUAGCAGCAGCAGGAGGCAGUGGUGAUGGCUGCUGAGAGAGGCAGUGAGGGAUGAGUCUGUCCUUUCUUAUUAAGUCUCUUGCUUCUUAGUUUUCUGAUGAAAUCUCUUUAUUGCUUUAAGUGGAAUUAUUUUCUUGUUUUUAUGAGUACUAGCAGGUAUUUCUCUCAUUUUGUUGUUGUUGUUGUUGAUUUUUUUAUUUAAGUUUUGUGGAAUUAUAUUUAACUGAGAUUAUUAUGUUGGCAUUAUCUCUGAUGUUUUGAAUGUUUUUACUUGAGUCUCAGCCUUGCACUUCAGUAAUUAUUUUGUUGGUUACAUUCUUUGAGCACUUUUUAGGAGGGGCUGGCUGAUCCAUAGUGUCGCUUCAGCUUUUCAUGUGGUCAAUGUGGUGAAUUGUCAAAGUACCAGUAAUUAUGUGCAAUGGACAACCCUUAAUUAUAUCACAGAAGCAGGUAUAAAGACAACUAAAAGCUUGGAUUUAUUGUUGGCAGAGAAAAUAGGAAAAAUAAUUUAAUGUUGGAAAGAUUGCUUUGUACCCUAUGUAGGAAAGAAUGUUUGAAUUUGAGAGGGUUUUGUACUUCAUAAAUUGAUAGAUUUAUAUUUUGCAUGCUAUAUAUUUUUUAUUAAUUUUCUAACAAACCUUUAUAUGAUAGUUUAUUUAUUGGCAGCUCCACAUUGUUUGCAGGCAUUUCUGUUCUUCGUGAGGAACAACUAUUUCAGGGUAACCAGCAGUGUUUGUGGGUGCUGCUGGUGAGGUGAGAGAUCUCAUCAACCUGCAGCUUAAAUGAUUCAGCAGCUCACUGGCAUGAGCUGCUGCGAGGAAUGUGUGGGAUGAGGGGGCAUGGGGACGGUGCUUUCUGUGGUGAAUGGAGUUCACCUCUGCCAUACCUCAGGAGGACCCUCAAGCAAGAUGCAAUAUUUUGAAGUACCUGUGCCAAGGUCGUAAGUCACCUGCAAGAUUCAGUGGCCAUAUCUUACUUAGUUUUACUCUUAGUCUUGAAUGCAUUAUGGCAGCAAAACUCCUGUGCUGGGGCCUGCUGUGGGGAUUUCUUUUUGGAGUGUUAUAAUACUGUUGGUGAUAUUAUAGUAAAAUUCUUGAGGAUGAAUUUCAGUGCGGUGAUUGUAAAGGAUCGUGUAAUUUAAGGCUCUGUUAUAUGUGCUUAAAAUCUUUAAGCUUGAGGUGUUGCUGGACCAUAAAAAUUGUUGAACUCGGUGGGCAAUGAAAAAGCCAUGUUCAGUAACCAGCUGUAAUAUGAAAAUGUUUCUUAUUUCAGUUGGUAAAAUGCAUAUGAAGGGAUAUUCAAAUAUUUCUCUCAUAAAUACAGCAGGAUCCUAAUAGACAAUAAAUACAGUGAAAUUAGCUUAAAUAUAGUAUACUUUGAUGCCUUUCUUCAUGCACAUUUAGUUUGCUUCCUUUCCUUGAGAUAAACUGAAUCACAGUAUUAAGCAUAGCUGGGCACGAUAACAGUAAACCUUAUUCCCGAUAACCGAUAAGUGAUAAUGAAAAACCUUAUCGGUGAUAACCGAUAUUCGUUAACUGGACACAAAUAUAGGCGAUAACCGAUACCCGAUAUAAAUCCACAAUUCCGAUACUAGCUAGCAAUAAGCCCAAUAGGCAAAAAGGAUACUAUAUUGAUAUUUCAGAUAGAAAAACAUAGAGGAAUUCAAAUUUUCAUUAUCUGUUUUUUUAGAAAACUUCAAAACCUGAAAACCACACGUUGACUUGCACACAUGGAUGGUAAUACUAGAAAUGCCUGAACCGGUGUUGUGUUAUUUGGCUUCCCCACCGUCAAAAGCUGGUGCUUUUGUUUACAAACGCUGGUCUCUCGUGAACUGCGCAUGCUCAGACCAGCAAGCGUAGACCUGUACAGUCUCACAAAGCUUUUUAACCAUAAUUAAGAGUUGCUGGAAGGCUGAAUCAGACAUACAGUACCUCUACCACCAUCCCCGCUGUUUCUAGAACGACACUCUGUACGAGUUGUAUUUAUAUGUACAGAGUGUCGUUCUAGAAACAGCGAGGAUGGUGGUACUGUAUGUCUGAUUCAGCUUUCCAGUAAAUCGUAAUGUGUUAAAAAGCUUUGUGAAACUGUACAGGUCUACGCUUACUGGUCUGAGCAUGCGCAGUUCACGAGAGACUAGUGUUUGUAAACAAAAGCGCCAGCUUUUGACGAUGGGACACCAAAUAACACAACACCGGGUGCCUUCAAUACCAUGGCAUGCUCACAAACGAAUAUGGAAUAUCAAAUUUGAGGCAGUGAAUAAUAAUUUUUUGGGCAAAGUUAAAUGAUUUUUUCUUUGAUAUAUUGAUUUUUGAGUAACAAAGAAAAUAACCUAGUGUUUUAAUGUUGAUCUAAGUAUGAAAUCUUUUCACCGAAGAUAUUUCAUACCCUGAAGUUUUUUCAUACAACACCGGGUCAUGCAUGCGCAGUAGGGAGACGACGUUUUUUUUUUCUGAGGCGAAAAAAAUUAGCGAUUAUCGCUAGUUUGGUUACAAAAGUAACGAAGAUACCGAUAUAUAUUUAAAUAAGUAGCGGAUGGCCGAUAACCCGAUUUUGUUAUCAGCGAUAAAGUAUCGCGAUAACUUAUUGUGAUAACGCCCAGCUAUGGUAUUAAGAUACCUUUCUUUCAGUGUGUUUAGUUGGUGUGACUCCCAAUGAUAAUGCGUUAGUGUUUUCACAAAAUCAGUUUAGAUAAAGAACCUCGUAAGAAAAAUACAAUUACUGUCUUGGGCUCCUGGAACCCAACUUGUAUUAGCUACUAAAUCGAGAAAACUGUAACAUAACAUAAAUGACAGAGGCCAAGUUCUUUACCAAAUUAAUGAGGAGUUUCCUAAUAAAUCAUGUUAUAAUUGAAUCCAUGUCACAUAGACUAAAUUUUUCAUUGAUUAAUAAUUGAACUGAAAAAAAAAGUCAUGAAUGGAGGCACAAGAUAUAUAGGGAAAAUUUUUUGAUACCUCAAAACCACAGAAAAUGUGGUAAGGAUGCUGUUAGAAUCAACCUUAUGCAUCUUUAUCACACCACCUGCAUUGCCAUGGCAUUCCAAAGUGUCAAAAAAAUAAUAUUCACCAUUAGCUUAUGAUUUUAUGCUAUGAACUUGCAUUCUUGUUUCCUUAGUGUCACUGAUUCUUUCUCAACAAUUGUACUUAAAAACAAGUAUCCAAAUGCUCAAGAUUUUACUCAUAAUUGAUUAAUUCUCAUGUCGGAAGCCUUGUCCUUUUUGAGUUAUGAAAUGGCAUGUAUAACAAAGGGUUUUUCCUAUCUGUUCAGAAAUCCUGGAUACAUGGCUGACAAGACACACUCUAGGUGACUAUUCCCAUUUUUUCCUCACUGUGAAACCUUAUCUUGAGUGUGGUGUCUUAUAACAAUUAAUUGUUUAUAUAGAUAUAAUUUUGACAUGAAUUUGUUAAAUAUUUUGAAGGUAGUGCCAAUUUUAGGUUAUACUAACAUCUAUUUAUGUGAGUGGGUGCCAAUUUUUAGGGUAAGUCUGAGUGUAUGUUGGAGGUGCAGGCCAGCAGGGUGGGAGGGUGGCGUGGCACUGCACUGUGACUGCAGUGAAUAGGGGUGAGGCACCUCUUGCUUGAUGUGUUAUGUUGCCAUUACCAGUGGAGUUCAUCACCAUUAAUAUUUAGAAGAUCCAUGAUUUUACUGUUUGGAAAAUCCUGUAUUAUUACAGUAUAUAUAGUAUAGAAAAACAAAAACAAUUGAAGCACACUCUACAUCUGAAGAUGAACUGGUCAGAAUAGAAAGAUAUACACAAUAUAGAUGCAUAGGUCAGACAAUUACGUACUGUUCUACUGAAACUCCAAUUCCCUCAUGAAACUGGAAACAGCAUAAUGCAAAUUGCAAUUCAUGAAAUACACUAUGAAAAUAGACCCUCAAUUUUCUGAAUUAUGGUUUCCUGGAUUUGGAUUUCCUGGGCAAAAUUCUGGCUCAUCAAAAUUCUACAACACUAACUUUUUUUCCAGUUACUGACUGAGGAUGUCUGUUGGGUCGUACACACAAAGGCAGUAUUGUAUUUGUUGCCUCUUUCUGUGAGCGUGUGGACUGCGCACUUGAGUUUCCUCUUGGGUUAACCUAUUUUGCCUUUUGUUUAAUAUGAUUUUCAUAUCAUAUCUUGUCCAUAAGUCUCAUGUUUACUGUGGUGGUGGUGCCUAAAAUUUACUGAGCUUUGAGUUGUAGAUGUCUGCAGCAACCUUGGGGCUGUGUGGGUGUGCUGGUCAUGCCACCACAGCACCAGCUUUCAAAGGCUGGUAAGCUUGCAGGGAAUGGUCCAGGAUUAGGAUUGAUGUUUAAAAGUUGUGUUAGUGAUAUGUUUUAGGAUGAAAACAAAACAAAACAAGAACAAAAAACAAACAAAAAAACUAAGCUCUGGCUUCAUUGGUUUUUGAUUCUUCUGUUUGUAUAUAGUGUUGAGCUUCCCUAGUGGUGGUUGUGGUGAUGAUAGUGAGGCACUCCAGCACAGGCAAACUGUAAUGCUUCAUGGUAGUCACUGUGAAUACUCCUGGAACACUACAUUGCAGAAUCACUGUCAGGUAUAUAAUAUUGCUCUAGUCUUAGUUUCUGUGUAGGUAUUUUUCCAUCCAUGAUCAUGUUACUUUCCUGAUGCCAAAAAAAAAAAAAAAAAAAAAAAAAAACAUUUAAGGUGUGCCCAGUGAGAGUUUGGUGUCAUCAUUGGUUUAUAGUUUUACAAAAUCCUAGGUUGACAUCUAUUUAUGUAUUUUUUUGGAGUUGAGAAUGUGAUUGUCAGCAUUGCAGUUUAGUUAUGUAUUUGACAAUUUUGAAAAGUGAUCAAAGUGAGGUAAUGUUGUCAUGUGCUCGUGAACUUACCUGAACUAUAACCCACUGUCUGUGAGUAAGGGUGGCUUAGGUUUUCUCAAAGGCCUAGGAUGAUAGAUGUCUUGAUUCACUGCACUUAUUAAAACUAUGCACCUAAUAUGUUAAUGCAUAAAAGUGUAAUAGUUUUGGGGACAUGAAGCAAUCAUAAUUUUAGUGUGUUUAGAGUCUGAAUGUAAAGCCAAAAGAUGAUGUGUAAAUUACAUGUCAAGUGUAUAUGUAGACAGUUCUCAUUUGCUUACUAGGAGUUAAUUUUGCUAGGACUGAAAAUUUGGAUGACUAGGUCCUGGAAAGGGACACAGUUUACCUUAGUUAAUCCCCUUAUGUACUUCAUACUAAUUUAGACCAACUUAAGAAUUGUGGCCAUGAUCUGUUUUUCAGAGUGUGCAGGAUCGUCUUUGCUGUUCAUGAACUCUUAUAAGGAGCCAACAUGGAAUGUGUUAUUGCUUAAGGUUAGAAGUAAACUGUACAAAAUAGAGAUUAACUCUUGUAUGUUUGUGUUCACUUUUGAGUUAUAAUUUUGAAGUAUAGAAAGUAGUGUAAGUAUGGAUAUGAACACCCCACUUAACAUUGCAGCUUGGGGCUUCUACUGCAGUGGGUGCUCAGUUCUUGAAUAUGUAGAGAAAAUUAUUUGUGAAACUGUACAUACCCUGCUGCAAACUGGUGUGGAAUGCUGAAGUGUAGCCGAGACCCUGCCAGGUGUGUCUUCUCACCAGGCCCUGUUUUCUGAGGAUGAAUGGUGCAGUGUAGUAAAACAUGGGUCUCAUGUUGACUGCAUAUCUAAUGAAAUUUAUUUCCAUGGUUUGGAUCAACAAAAACCUGUUGUUCUUGCAGCUGUCCCUUUCAUGUGCCUAAAAGGGUCUCUAUCAGAUGUUUACCUCAGUUGAGUGUUAGUCAAAGGAAUACAAGAUUUAAUUUUCA